CUGGUUGGUCAAUUAGUAAAUUUGGUUUACCAAGAAAAUGGUAUAGUUUUUGAUGCAGGUGACAGUUUGAUGCAGUAUCAGACAGGUCAGAGAUGCUUUGAACGUUGUUACAUUCGCUGCAGAAUUUUUUUUGGUCUUCUACGCUGGUUUAUAUACAGCGGGAAAAAGGGCUUGCUGUAUCCAGUAUAAACACGACAUUAGUCACAGGGUUAAAGAAGUAUCUCUCAAAGUUUCACAUCUAAUUUACCUUAUAAUAGAAGUGUUGGAGAUUACCUUUUUAUUCUUGUUCUCACUGUGUUUAAUUUCAUUUACUUUGGACAAAUAUGCUGAAUUUUACCAAUAGGAAAUUAUGAACUAAUAUGCAAAGUGGUGUAUUUGAUGUGAUGUGUCUUGUACUUAGUGGGAUGUAAUAACUGAUCAUUUUUCGUAAAUUUCACAUUGACAAAUCUAAAUGAACUGACUCCAUAAAAAACACUAUCAUCAUAUUAUGUGUCUGAAUUCAAACAAUGUGGCACCUUAAUUAAUGAUGUUAAGAAUCAAAAAGCAAUUUUUUUUUUUAAAUGAAUAUAAGUUAAGUUUAACUUUAAAAUUUAUUUUAAUGGAUGGACUUAAUGGCUUGUAAAAAAGUUGCACAUGCUUUUGUAUUACUAUUGUGCUGACAAAAAAGAAAAAAACUAGCGUGUCAGUGUAAAACUGUGUCACCACUUACUAUAUGUUUAAUAUUCCAAUUUCUAAUCCAUACGGUCCCUUCAGUCUCUAAAGUAGGCAAUCUUUCAUUAGUUCCUUAUUCUCUGGUGUUGCUUGGUAAGUUACUCCAUCCACCCACUCCUGAAGUUUCCCUCCUUGAUGACAUCACCAGGAUAAUUUUACACAAACUUUGUAACGCUUCCCCCAUAGCCACAGAUGGCAUUAUACAACUGUUUUCUCAGGCUGAGUAGUACUUCCCACGAGUGCUUCCCACGACCGGUAAACUGAUGCUCCUGAGUAAAAUGGGUGGACUGUCCCUUUAAACCCAAUUUUGGUAUCACUUAGAGGGUCGUGUCAAGCUUUCGCCGCUUCAUAUCAGUUAAAACUGAGGGGAUUUUGGCCUUUGGCCACCGGUGACAUAAGUACUGAUGAACUCAUAACAGCAUUUACAGCACUGCAUAACUAAGUGCACAAUUAGGAUAAUUAAUGAAAGAAGUAUUGGGAUACUAAUUAAUACAUUACAAAUAAAUUUUAAUAAGUAGAUUCGGAUAGAUAGAUUGACUGAUUGAUUGGUUGAUUGACCGAUUGAUAGUUUCUGUAGAUGUUUGACUAUAACCAUUAUCGCUGCAGAGAGCAGCUGUUUCACUGUCUUUCGAACGGAUAUUAGACAUUAAAUUGAGCCAUUUAAAUGGCUAUAUUCUUAACGCUGGCAACUGUAGGCUGUAAGCAGAGGCAUUGUGCUAUCUCUUUAAUCCUCAAAGGGCACACUCGGAUGAAUGCGCUUCAAAAAGUUACAGCGGAUUUGGUAUUUAUAUGUGGUUAAAUCUCCAUGUUGUCUCAGCACAGUGUCCGUUUGGGCUUCUGAAGAUUUACACUGUGUUGAAACAAGAUUAUGGGAUGGACGGGACGGGAUGGGAUGUGGAGCUUUCCCAGCCCAACCACGACGAGAGCAUAACGCAUAUUUGUCGGAUCGGAUGCAGCAGCAUCCUCUCAAAAAGCCCUGCUUCAGCAGAGUCAGUCAGACCGCCUCUGAAACCCGUGAAGGAUGCUGUGGGAUGCUCCCGGAGGAUCCAGCCCCACAGCAGCCCGAGCUGUGCGAUAUUCCUGCUGAAAUAAGUCUAUCGCCGAAAUGAAACGCACUGCGACUUAGACUUGGAUCAGCUCGAAAGAAAAUAUAUAGCUUAUAUACAUAAAACAAAACUAAAAACUCUCCUCGACUGCCUCAGUUUCAACUUGAUCCCGGAGCAUGGGAGUCGUCGGCACGGAUGCAGCGCUACACCGGCUUCAGAAGUUGGACAGCCAAACAUUUGAAUGCCAUGACUCUUGACUUUGGACGAGAUUUCCAACGCAGUGCAGACGGCGUGAAAUAUAGAAACCAUAAGGUGAACCUGACCUGUUGUCCGGAUUAUGUAUCUCUGGAGGGUACUGUUUGAUCAACACGAGGCGCUUAAAUAAAACGUACAUUUAGUCUAUCUGAGGCAUGUUGGAAUAUUGAUCCCUGAAGGACCCAUGGGUGUCACUUAUUAUUCACAGUAAUGGAAUGAAGACACUAUCUUGAUAUGAUGGAUGAUAGAUCCAGUAAGCUCAUCUUGGUUCCUAUUCUAGCUGUCCUUUUUGUUAUGAUCGGUUAUCAGUACAUAUGUCCUGCUGGCAGCAAUUCGUGCCACUUUAAGACUGGUGAGAAAUUAAGUGGGGUGAGCCUACUUUCCACCCCGUACCAGGACAGCGAUGAAUUCUACAGAGAUCAAGACCUGGAAGAUGACAGCCCUCCGAAACUGCCGUCGAAAUUCAACUUCACCGAAAGAGACCUUGAUAGACACGUGGAGUUCAACAUCAAAGGGGACGACGUGAUAGUGUUUCUGCACAUCCAGAAGACCGGAGGAACCACUUUCGGGAGGCACUUGGUGAGGAAUAUUCGCUUGGAGCAGCCGUGCGACUGCAAACCCGGACAGAAGAAAUGCACCUGUCACAGACCAGGGAAAGAGGAGUCCUGGCUCUUCUCCCGGUUCUCUACUGGAUGGAGCUGCGGACUGCAUGCAGACUGGACCGAGCUAACGAACUGUGUACCUGUUAUUAUGGAUAAGAAGGAGGCCCAGAGGAAUAAAAGGAACUUCUACUACAUCACCAUGCUGCGCGACCCAGUCUCCCGCUACCUGAGCGAGUGGAAGCACGUCCAGCGCGGAGCCACAUGGAAGACCGCCCUCCAUAUGUGUGAUGGACGCUCGCCCACCCAGGACGAGCUGCCCACCUGCUACAGCGGGGAUGAUUGGUCCGGUGUCACCCUGACAGAAUUCAUGAACUGCCCGUCCAACCUGGCUAAUAACAGGCAGGUCCGUAUGCUGGCCGACCUGAGCCUGGUGGGCUGCUACAACCUGUCCUCUAUGAACGAGAGCCAGCGCAACCACAUCCUAUUGAGCAGCGCCAUGAGCAACCUGAAGAACAUGGCUUUCUACGGUCUGACCGAGUUUCAGCGCAAGACGCAGUACCUGUUUGAGCGGACGUUCAGUCUGCGUUUCAUCUCCGCGUUCACGCAGAUCAACAGCACGCGAGCCGCCAACGUGGACCUGAGCGAGCCCGUGCGCAGACGCAUCGAGGAGCUCAACUUCUUGGACGUGCAGUUGUACGAGUACGCGAAAGACCUGUUCCUCCAGCGUUUCCAGUUCACCCGCCAGAGGGAGCACCAGGAGGUGCGUUUGAAGAGGCGCGAGGAGAGGCGCUGGCUGAGGGAGCAGAGAGGGCAGGGCAGGCCGUGGCACAGAGGUAGCGGAAACAGAGGCGGGAGGGUGGGGGGAGGAGGCCUCGAGAGAGGGACUGAUGGUGACUUCCCCACCACCACUGAGGACUACACGAGCCAAGUGGCUCGCUGGUGAGGCUCUGGUCCUGUAAAGAGAGAGCAGUGAGAGAAAAAAACAUUCAAAUUAAAACAUUUCCUUUGACACUCUCUCGCACAUUCUACAUCUCUCUCUUUUUGUCUCACUGUUAAUCUGUCUCUUGCAUCUAUUCGUUUCUCAGCUUCAGUGUGAUCCGAGUGCUCUGCUGUUUCUUUACGAAAACUGCCAAGUCUGUGAGUCUCACAGCAGCUCUGCCUUGGAGUACCCUUUGGUGUCUUAAAUCUUUAAAUGCUGUUUAUAUAUAUAUAUAUAUAUAUAUAUAUAUUCAUUUAAUUUGUUGCCUUGGUUCUUUAUCAUUUGUUGAAAUAGACAGUAUACUGAGGUGAAAGGGGGGGAAACAAUCAAAAGAAGCUGCCAUAGACGGCAUUGCUUUUAAUUUUGACAUUCAGUGCAAAAGAAAGAAUGUCACUGAAGUCACUGUCCUUGUUGCAUCAGGUAGGAAACAUUUUCCAUUUGAAAGAUGUAGUUUUAGAAGAAGUGAUGGUUGCAUGGCACACAUCCACAUUAUACUUUCAGUUGGGGGUAGCGGUUUCCAAAAGAUAUACAGUACUGUAAACCAAAGUGAAUAAAGAACACAAUGUAUUGUACAAUUUAUUUGCUUUUAAUUUAAUGCCAAUUAAACCCUCUCUAAGGACCAUAUUGUAUGCAUGCAGUACCCACUUUUUAAACAAAAUUAUAGAAGACUGAUGCUGGUAUGUGCAAUAGAACACAGAUUUUAACACCUCUAUCAAAGUGAACAUAUUGUGCCAGUCACAAAGGGGGCAUCCUGCUGAACAAAAAGACCAUCAUUCCCAGUACUUCAUGGCAAAACAUUGUGUUUUUUUAUUUGGGAAAUAAUAACAAAUGCUCUGCAAUGAGAAAAGCAUAUUUUGUAGUGAGUUGCAGAAAUAGAAAGUUGGUAAAUAGAACAGGUGAUGAAAUGUGUCAGUGUGGCCGGCGUGUGGCUCGACUGUAAAUUAGAUGAUCAGCAUUCAGUUCUCAUGCCCUUCCCUGUCACACUGGCUGCUUUUACAUGUUUGUAGAGCUGACGGCAACUGCACUGUGGGCAGCGAGAGUGCCCUAAUGCCAGCAGAGUGCCAGCCUACAAAGACCAGCCUCAAAGCAGAGAGUCGAGAAAUAAAACAUGUCUGUCAUUUCUUCUUCCCGAUAGUUUCCAGUCCCUCAAAUCCAAUCAGCACAGCAAUACGUGAGGAUGAAAGAGGGUUUGCUUUUAUCUGGUUAAAUAGGCUUCAGUGAUGCGUCUUAUGCCUCUUAUCUCAUAUUCACUCAAAAUCCCUGCUUAUCAAAUUAAAUGUUCACUAAAUGUCAACACUGAAGUCAUAUAGCUGCUGCUGUUCUAACAGGAUUUUCUCAUGUUUCCUCUGAUUGCAGUUACUUAUAAAAUACCUCAGAUGGUACCGUUUUGUCUCAUUUUAAAGAAACACCCAUGCUUUGUCUUUUUUGACUGAUUCAUCCCCUGGUACAGUGAAUGAGUUGAAUGAAUGCAGGUUCAAUUGUUUGAGCUGUACUGAUGCACCCCCAUCCAUGGAUGAGGCAGAAUAAAGAUGUGGUGUAUAGCACAUUGACAACACUCUGCCAAGUGUUUCAAGUGGAGCUACUUGCUACAGCUCAGAAUAUUGACUCACUCUGUGUGUAAAUUAAAACUAAGGUCAUGUAGUCAUGCCAUUUGUGAUGUAGCAGUGAAACAGCAUGUUGACAAAAUUUUGUUAAUCUCAAAUGGGUAAACUGGGAUUCUUGUCAUUUUCACCAUAAAAGCGUUAGAGUGAAUUUUUGCGAUAACAUGGUGUUAAUGCUACUUUAUUCUAGUAUUUCACUACAUUUCAAAGGGAAAUGUUGUAUACUUAAACUUCAUUCCAUUUAUUUGACAGUAGUUUGUGGCUACAUUGCAAACUUCUCAUGCAACAUUAAAAUGUUCCUUAUACGCUGAUAUCAUUAGCAAUAUCCAAUUAUAUCACACAGACCAGAACAAAACAUUGUUUAAAAAAAAACUCAUAUCAUCAGGACUGGUGUGGUUCAAUCAGAUGUGAUAAGUGGUGGAAAAGUACUGAGAUCCUGUAGCAAAAGUACCAAUAUUACAAUGUAUAAAGACUCUGUUACCAGGAAACAUUCUGCAUUUAACAUCUCUACUUUUGUAAAAGUACAGAGCUAUUGUCAUCUAUAUGUGCUUUAAGCAUCAAAGUAAAACUAGUGUGCAGUAAAAUAGGCCCAGUGAUUGAUAGAGUAUUACAUAUUACAUUAGUAGAUUAUUAACCCUGAUGCAUCAAUGUCCAAGCAACAUUUUUAUUUUUGUAGUUGGUCAAGGUGGAGCUAGUUUUAACUGCUAAUGUCUGAAAGGUGAAGCAUGGCAAAAUGUUUUUCUGUUUGAAAUCACACUGUGAUACAUGCAUCAUAUUUGUUUUAUGUAAAAUCUUUGUCUAUAAAGUAACUAGUCACUAUAUCGGUCAUAUAAAUGUCAUGUGGUAAAAUGUUAAACCCCCCCCCCCCCCCGAAAUGUAGUUAAGUACAAGUAUAAAGUAGUAUAAAAUAGAAAUACUCAAGUAAAGCACAAGCAUGUUGAAAAUAUACUUAAGUAAAUGUACUAGGUUACUUUUAACAACUGGAUUUAACUGGCAGUGGCCUGGCCAGAGGAAGACUGAGCAGAGCCAUCAUUAAUGUUAUUAGUAAUGCCUGUGUCUGUGAAAAUGUAUGCACCCAUUGUGACUUUUACUAAGACAAAGAAGCUGAGUACUUCUAUAAUCGCAUACAGAGUGUUCAGUAUUUACUGCUAAUUCAAUUACUGAUAGAACACAGGAGGAUUUCUUUUUAAAAUGGCAAUUGCCAAAAGGCCGUUUUAUUUUGGAAAUUUCUUUUAAUAAACCAACAUGCUGCACUGCUGUGUGACAAGCUGUAGGAAUUAUAAUGUUCCCCAGUGACAGAUGGCAUUAGUACUGCAUGAGCAGCAGAAGUGCUGUAUGGCUAUUAAUGAAACACUAAUGAAACACUUCUUCUAAUGCUGUACAUGUGCUAUAAACCCAAGUUACAUAUACAUAUGUAUUUAUGUUUGUAUGUAUGUGUGUGUGUAUGUGCACGCGCACAUAUGCGUGUGCAUGUGUGUCUGUGAUGUUAAAUUCAUUAUUGGAAAUUAAAUUCAAGUCAUUAACUCUGUAUUUAUUUCCUCUGCAUAACAAUGAAACAAUGUGUGGAUAGGAAACUUAUGUUUAAAUGAUCAGAUCUCAUUGACUCAUGAAUAAAUCAUUCACAAAGGUUAGGGUUAAUUUUCCAGUUGCAGUUGCCAUUUUCUGUGCAACAGUCUAUCUGUGUCAGCCUCCAUGUCUGAGAACAGAAAAUAUUGUUUAAUUACUAAAAAAUAAUGAGUUUAUGCUGUUGAAAUUUAGGCUUCUUAGGCUUUUUUUUUCUGAUUUCUGAAUAUUUGACUCACCAAAGCUGCAUCCUAAAAAAUGUUUUCACCAAUUUCAAAGUUAGGGAAGUGAAAUCUCUCAGAUUAUGAUGUAAAUAAUAAACUGAAUAAAAGCUCAUAUGGAUUUUCACUUGAAACCAUACUGCCAUUCCAAGAAGUGUGAUGUGCCACUCUGUUAAAGGAGCAUUUCAGUGAACUUGUACUGCCACUCCAUGAUAGUGCAUUUCUCUGUGAAGCUGAUUUAUCUGUAUUUAUUUGUUUAUUUAUAUGAUUUUAUCUGUCGCUAAAGAAUGGCUUUGCCUGAUGGAAAAUACCUGUAUUACCAACACCUCAGUGAUAAUGGAAGAGAGCUUUCUUAGUGUAAGAAUUUCUAUGUACAUGUUAAAAGUCUUGUGAUGAAAUGAGCAGUCUUAAAGCCUUUUGGCGUGUAAUAUUUAAUCUGCCAUUUUUCUUGUUAGAUCCAAAAAAAAAAAAGAGUGAAUUCUGCGUAAGAUAUCAGAAAUAAAUGCAUUGAAUGGUCAUGA